AUGUAUAAUAUGGCACAACAAUUACCAAAGACUAUUUCAGCAUGGCAGCUGAUGAAUUUCCUACGACCUGGUACAAUCGAUAUCACAUCCGAGUUGCAUCUAACAAAGACUAGACGUAUGCCUAGCAUAAUGAGUCCCGAUCAGCUACUUAUCAAAGUUAAAGCUGCUUCAUUGAAUCCUGUGGAUUCCUUACUCAUCUAUGGAUAUGGUUCUUCUAGUUUUAAUCUACUACGUCGUUUAACAUCAAGUUAUGGAUACUUUGGAGUCCCCGAUAUAGAAAAUACUAUUAUAUCAGAAAGCUCUGGUUUCCCUUUUACACCUGGUCGCGAUUUCUCUGGUCAGAUAGUUGACAUGGGUCCAGAAGUAGCUGCAUCAAACUUGACUACUAGCGAAAGUAAAUUAUGUAUUGGUACAAAUGUAGCCGGUGCUACUUGGCCUUUUCUUAGUUCCACUGGAUCUGGUGCCUUAGCAGAGUAUAUUGUAUGUCCGGCUAAUUAUGUUACUCCAUUACCUAGUAAUGUUUCUUUCAUAACUGCAGCUGCAAUAGGCUAUGCUGGCUUAACUGCAUGGUCAGCUUUAGUUGAUUACGGUGGAGUACAACCUAUUUUAAAAACAUAUUCAAAUCGUGCAUCAUUAUUAAACAAUACUUCUACUACCAAUAAUUUAAUUCUUAUAAUUGGAGCAACUGGUGGAGUUGGAUUUAUUGCUGCACAGUUAGCUAAACUAUGGGGUUGGAGAGUACAUAUAACGUGUCCAAGUGAUGAUAAAGCAUUAACUUUAAUGAAAUCUUUACAAAUUGAAGAAAUAUUUCCUCAUCCAGCCAAAAUUCCAAGCCUAAUGAAAUAUGAUCUAAUUAUUGAUUGUGUUCGACCAGACUAUAUAAACACAGAUACACCAUUCUCCUCAUCUACCACUAACACUACUACUUACACUUCAUCUAAUAAACAAUCAAGUCAGUAUACCUUUUUGAACACUUUAGUGCCUUAUCUACCACCUAUGCUAUCUUACUUAAAUGCAUCUUCUAGCAAAUCACGUUACGUAAUGCUUAAUCCAUCCUUAUUGCAUUUAACUGAUUAUUGGGGACCAUUUCUUGGUACUGGAUUGGCUUUAACACAAAUUAUUAGUACAAGAAUUGCAGCAAUAUUUUCCGUGAAAACUGACAAUGUUGUCAGUUUAACCAACUGUGAUAUAAUACGUUGGGCAUUCUUUAAACCGAACAAUAAAGCCUUACAUUAUUUGUUGAAUUUAGUUGCGAGUAAACAAUUAAUUAUUCCUAUUGAUACUGUUUAUAAUUUUAGUCAGGUACCGGAUGCAUUUAAUCGAUUGUAUACAAAAGGUGUACGUGGUAAACUUGUAGUUAAAAUGAAUGAAUGA